AUGAUCGGAACUCGGUCUAUCUCGCUUGACAACUACAUUCCCAAGUACGCCCUCUGGACCGCAUUCAACGCCACUCAGGCUGCCUUCGUCGCGCCCCUCCUGGCUUUCGUCCCUGGUGCGCUCAUCGCCCGCGCCGGUCUCUACACUGUUGCCAUGAUGGGCAGCAUCUCCAUCGUCGGCGCCACCGCCAAGCAGGAGAAAUACCUCUACAUUGGCGGACCUCUCCUGGCUGGUGCUGCCAUCGUCGCAGCUUCCGGACUCGCCCCUCUCGUCAUUCCCGCCACCGCCGUGAGGACCUUGGCUUUCACCGAGAACCUCUGGCUGUACGGUGGCCUGGCUGUCUUCGGCGGCUUCACUCUGUACGAUGUUCAGAAAGUUCUGUACCACGCCCGUCUUGCCGAGGCUGGUGCCAUCAAGAAGGACCCCGUCAACGAGAGCAUCUCACUCGAGCUUGACUUCCUCAACAUCUUCAUCCGCAUGGUCCAGAUUCUCAUGAUGCAGCAGAAUCGCCGUAAGUGA